AUGGCAGCUGGCGACCGUGGUCAGGCGUGGUCAGGUGUGGCGGCCGUGGUCAGGUGUGGUCAGGUGUGGCGGCCGUGGUUAGGUGUGGCGGCUGUGGUUAGGUGUGGCGGCUGUGGUCAGGUGUGGCGGCCGUGGUUAGGUGUGGCGGCCGUGGUUAGGUGUGGCGGCUGUGGUCAGGUGUGGCGGCCGUGGUUAGGUGUGGCGGCCGUGGUUAGGUGUGGCGGCCGUGGUCAGGUGUGGCGGCCGUGGUCAGGUGUGGUUAGGUGUGGCGGCUGUGGUCAGGUGUGGCGGCCGUGGUUAGGUGUGGCGGCCGUGGUUAGGUGUGGCGGCCGUGGUCAGGUGUGGCGGCCGUGUUCAGGUGUGGCGGCCGUGGUCAGGUGUGGCGGCCGUGGUGUGGCGGCCGUGGUCAGGUGUGGCGGCUGUGGUCAGGUGUGGCGGCCGUGGUUAGGUGUGGCGGCCGUGGUUAGGUGUGGCGGCCGUGGUCAGGUGUGGCGGCCGUGUUCAGGUGUGGCGGCCGUGGUCAGGUGUGGCGGCCGUGGUGUGGCGGCCGUGGUCAGGUGUGGCGGCCGUGUUCAGGUGUGGCGGCCGUGUUCAGCUGUGGCGGCCGUGUUCAGGUGUGGUCAGGUGUGGCGGCCGUGGUCAGGUGUGGCGGCCGUGGUCAGGUGUGGCGGCCGUGGUCAGGUGUGGCGGCCGUGGUCAGGUGUGGCGGCCGUGGUUAGGUGUGGUCAGGUGCGGCGGCCGUGGUCAGGUAUGGCGGCCGUGGUCAGGUGUGGUCAGGUGUGGCGGCCGUGGUCAGGUGUGGCGGCCGUGGUCAGGUGUGGCGGCCGUGGUGUGGCGGCCGUGGUCAGGUGUGGCGGCCGUGGUCAGGUGUGGCGGCCGUGGUCAGGUGUGGCGGCCGUGGUCAGGUGUGGCGGCCGUGGUCAGGUGUGGCGGCCGUGGUUAGGUGUGGCGGCCGUGGUUAGGUGUGGCGGCUGUGGUCAGGUGUGGCGGCCGUGUUCAGCUGUGGCGGCCGUGGUCAGGUGUGGCGGCCGUGGUGUGGCGGCCGUGGUCAGGUGUGGCGGCCGUGUUCAGCUGUGGCGGCCGUGGUCAGGUGUGGCGGCCGUGGUCAGGUGUGGCGGCUGUGGUCAGGUGUGGCGGCCGUGGUUAGGUGUGGCGGCCGUGGUUAGGUGUGGCGGCCGUGGUCAGGUGUGGCGGCCGUGUUCAGGUGUGGCGGCCGUGGUCAGGUGUGGCGGCCGUGGUCAGGUGUGGCGGCCGUGGUUAGGUGUGGCGGCCGUGGUUAGGUGUGGCGGCCGUGGUCAGGUGUGGCGGCCGUGUUCAGGUGUGGCGGCCGUGUUCAGCUGUGGCGGCCGUGUUCAGGUGUGGUCAGGUGUGGCGGCCGUGGUCAGGUGUGGCGGCCGUGGUCAGGUGUGGCGGCCGUGGUCAGGUGUGGCGGCCGUGGUCAGGUGUGGCGGCCGUGGUCAGGUGUGGCGGCCGUGGUUAGGUGUGGCGGCUGUGGUCAGGUGUGGCGGCCGUGGUCAGGUGUGGUCAGGUGUGGCGGCCGUGGUCAGGUGUGGCGGCCGUGGUCAGGUGUGGUCAGGUGUGGCGGCCGUGGUCAGGUGUGGCGGCCGUGGUCAGGUGUGGCGGCCGUGGUCAGGUGUGGCGGCCGUGGUCAAGUGUGGCGGCCGGUCAGGUGUGGCGGCCGUGGUCAGGUGUGGCGGCCGUGUUCAGGUGUGGCGGCCGUGGUCAGGUGUGGCGGCCGUGGUCAGGUGUGGCGGCCGUGUUCAGGUGUGGCGGCCGUGUUCAGGUGUGGCGGCCGUGUUCAGGUGUGGCGGCCGUGUUCAGGUGUGGCGGCCGUGGUCAGGUGUGGCGGCCGUGUUCAGGUGUGGCGGCCGUGGUCAGGUGUGGCGGCCGUGGUCAGGUGUGGCGGCCGUGGUCAGGUGUGGCGGCCGUGGCAGGAGCCUGACUUCUGUCGUUGUGUAA